AAUCACUAAGGACAUUGCAAAGGACUCUAUGUGACACUGGGGGAGAAACAGACCAUGGUCCUGCCUACAAUGUCUCUUCGCUCCUUCUCUUAAUAGAGUUCUACCAUCGAAUCAUGCAGUCAGUGCCCCAGGAGAAAAGAAGGAUUUGUGUCACCACCAUCCACCCAAAUGCACAUGUGCUGGCCGGCUUCCCCUAUGCCCCCCACAGCUCUCUGCUCGACUUCCUAUGGGGAGAGCCGGAACUGUUGGGGGCCGUCCAGAUCCUGCUUGCUCUGAUCACCGUGGGCCUGGGCGCCAUAUUCGCAGUCACUUCCACCGGCGUCUCCCAAGACUUUCCCCUCCUCUUGCUGACAGGAUAUCCGUUCUGGGGCCCCGCCGUCUUUAUUGUCGCGGGAUUCCUCACGCUGACGGACAAAACACUGAAGAGCAAACUGGUAAGUCGCUUUUGUGACUUCUGUCUAAUCUCCCUCCUCUCCUCGUUCCACCUCAUCUCUAUGCGCAAAGCCUUUGACGCGAAGGUCCUCGCUGGAAGUCGUUACGCACCGCGUGGUAGGUCUGCCCAUUCCAGUUUGCCAGCGCAGCCUCUGCUACCUCCUUCCACCUGCUCCUUUUUCCCGCAAGUAAAUGGAAACAGUUGCUUGUCUGCCUGUUGGAAACCAUUCUACAUCCCUAGACAGUCUGUCACGCCCAUGAACAUCGUCAGCUCCCUGGCUGCACCGGCUGGGGUCAUUCUCAGCGUGGUGAGCUACACACAGCAACACAAGCUCUGCCAGAGGCCGUCCCUCGAAGGAAUGUGCGUUGUGGGCAGAACGCUUCUGCUCGGACUCUUGUCGAUCUUGUUUAUCAUCAGCAUCAUGGAGUUCAGCAUCGCUGUGACGAUAAUGUCCUUCAGAAGCCGGUGCUGGGCACAGGCGGAUGAGAUUGUGUUUUUCUUGCCUUCCGAUGUUACAAAAAAGAGUCAACAACCUGUCCAGGAAGAAAAUGCUCAACUACAAUUUGAUCUUCAAAAUGACUCUUCUCAUUUUGAUAUACCACUACACACCAAAACCGUUUUCUUUGGAAGUUAUGCUUUCUUCAAAUUAAUACACUCAAGAAGCCCCUUAGCCAGCCAAGACAGGUCACCGCCAUGCAAGGAAAGGCCUGCACUUUCUCCAAAUGGACAGGAUGACCUACCUCUACAUGUUAAAUUAUCAGCUGGAAAAAUUGAGCUGAAACCUUUACUUUACACAUCAGAAGUGAGGUCCCCAGAAAAUGUACAUAGGCACCGAGUCUCCACAGAGGAACAACUGAAAGAUGAAGACCUAGAAUAUGCUGUUGUACACACAAGCAAAGAACAAGCUCAGAAGUUUCAGGAGCAGGACUUGCCACCGCAAGCUUUUCCAUCGCCACCUGCAGAAAUUCUCCCUGCAGUUGGGGUCUUGCCACCCAAAUCUCUGCUAAUGCAAGCCCCACCAGUACAAGACAUGCCAUCUAAAUCCUCUUCCUUCCAUAUCAUAGAGCCCUCUAAUCUGACAUACAAAGACUCAUCUUCUAAAGACAAACAGUCACAGGAAAGCCGUUCCAAGCAGUCCCCACACCCAGAUCUUAAGGAAGAAAACAUUCAAGCUCAAAUGCAGCAAUUUUCAGAAAUAAUAUAUCAAGACAUUCUAACAGAAGUUGUGGAACUGACCCAAGAGUGGAAAUCUAAGGAGAAACCAAAUUACACGAAAUCCUCAGGAAGGGAGCUUUCCUUAAACCAUAGAAACAAAGGUGGAAAAUCCCCAAGGAGCCUUUCUUUAAGCCCACAAGCCAAACGUGGGAAAUCUCCAAGACGGAAAUCCCUCUACCAGAAGAUCAGAGCCUUGCUAUUCACAAAGAAGCAUUCUAUAGAUCAGAAAUCCCAAUAUACUCAAACAUCAGAACAGUUCCUAGAUCAGCACACUGAAGAUUGGCCAGCCAAAGGGGACCAAGCAGAAGGUGCUCCAAUGCAGCCACGCCAAGACUCUCGACAGACAGCAAGUCAGUCUCCACACUGGUCACCCUCAGACUCUCUGUCUUUUGCACAGCAGUCCCAAGACUACGGAAGUCAAGGCUGGAAAAACAAAGAUUGGAAAGUGCAAGAACGGCAACAUGAAAGGCAGCGUAGCCUAAACUGGGAGUCCCAGGAGCUAUUAGUGAAGGGAGCCCUAAAACAGAGCAGUUUGUAUCAAAAAGUCCAGACCCAGAACACCAUAGCCCAACAUGGCCUAGGCUGGCAAUUUCAAGACCAGCAGCACUGGGAUAAGGACCAAGAUUUUCAAUCCAGAAUGAUGCUUAAAAACACUAUGCAAAUAGUCAGUCUGCAAACCAGAGACAUCAGUCUAAAGGGCAUGAACCACAGAGACCAAAAGCCAACAGACACACAAUCAGAAGACACGGAACCAGACUAUCGCCCUUCUUCUAGCCAAAGUGUUGUACAAGACACAUAUCCAACUUGUCUAUCGAAUAUGGAUUUCGAACAAAACACUUCGGUCUGCUCAGGGUCGACCAAGGACGAUCUGAAUGUCCAUUCUAUCUCAUCUUCUCUAAAAGACGAUCAACAGCAAUCUGAAGACUCCGGCUGACAUGCAGAAUGGCCUCCCGUCAUGGAACCAAGUGAAGGAGAAACAAUAAAGUCUUCCAAAAACUAUGUCCUCAAUCAUGUUGCCACCUAGUUUGCUCCCCAAAAGAGAUGGACAGGUAGAAUCCCCCCAAGAAUCCACUCAGUCCAAAUAAAAUGACA